AUGGUCCCCGUAGCCACUACCCGCUACCUCAUCAUAUACUCAUUCGCCAAGCCAAAUAAUCUCAUCCUCCCAUACUCCAUCUUCCUCGCAGCCGCUACCAUCUUUGCUGUCAUCGCCAUCUGGUCGUUGUGGCAGAACGGCAUACCCGCGGCAGAUGGCGGCUUCUUCAUAUCGAAGGAGCUGAAGAGUUUGGAGAUUCGGUAUGGCGAACUAGCUAUUGAGGAGGUGCUGGAGAUUGAGGAGAGGAAGUUGGGAUUUGGCACUGUGGAGGAGACGAGCAACACGAACAACCAUAUCUUGCAUCUGCCACGCAAGCAAGUCCCGAUUAAGCACUAUUUGCUGCGCCAGUUGACCGGCAUCACGCCUGUUGAACUUGGCGGCUGCUUGAGUUGGAUCUGGCGCCGAAUCGAGUUCGGCGAACCAGCGCCGCUGUUCGUCGCUUACAGCUGA